AGAAUCUUUGCGCCGUCAAGUCUACAUAAACCAUCUCCAAUCACAUACAACAUGGGUGUCCCAUUCGACUACGCGCCCGAGAGGCCAGAGCACAUUGAUCUCAUCCUGAACGGACUCGACCGCUACAACCCCGAGACAACGACAGUUUUCCAGGACUACGUCGUGUCGCAAUGCGAGAACCAGACCUACGACUGCUACGCCAACCUGGCCCUGCUUAAGCUCUACCAAUUCAACCCCCACCUCGGUCGCGAAGAGACCAUCACCAACAUCCUGGUCAAGGCACUGACCGUCUUCCCUUCUCCCGACUUCAGCCUCUGCCUCGCUCUCCUCCCUCCUCACGUCCUCACCCCCAACCCUGCUGCCAACUCGCUCGCCGAGGCCGUCCAAAAGCUCAACACCCUACACAGCCAGCUGAUCGGCGCCUCGUACGACCAGUUCUGGUCCUCGCUGGACGGUGACGAUCUCUACGCCGAUUUGAUCGCCGAUGUUCAAGGCUUCGAGGAGUUGAUGCGCAUCCGUCAGGCUGUUGUCAUCAGCCAGACCAUGCAGAGCGUCGACCGUGCUGUUCUCGAGUCGUGGCUCAACCUCAACGGUGAUGCCUUUGAGAAGUUUGUCAAGGAGACCUGCAACUGGAACGUCGAGGGUAGCGCUGUCAACAUUCCCUUGAACAAGGAGAAUGAGGCCAGAGGAACCGUUGUACGCGAGAACGUCAAGUUCGACCAAUUCUCGAGAAUGAUCAAGAGAGCAUACGAGCAGCCCGCAUAAAGAGAUGGGAUGUACUUGGUGAUCUGAUACGAAAGCAUGGCGUUCUACGGAUUUUUGCACAAAAAAGAGCCUGGGUGAAAGACAAAAAGCUCGGGGAUAUAUUUGGUGGGCACACAACUUCCGAGAAAAAGUCGCAUUACCGCA